CCGCUCAUGCGCACUGCAGCAGGCAAAGAACAGUUCCUUCGUUACAGCACAUGUAACCGACUUGACCUCCGGCUGCGGUGUAAUUAAUGUCCUGAUUUUCAGUCCUGCUCUUAUAUUCACGCACUAACAGUCGCGUCAGUGUGGAAACAGCAGUUCGGUAGAGAAGCCGCUGCGGCAUUAGGUGAGCUCUCGUUCCGCUGUGUUGGGGGAAAUGGCUGCGGUGUCGGCUCUGUCUCCAGGCGCUGGGCCUGUGGAUACACGGCCACCUGAAGACGACAUCGAAGGAGACGACGAUGAUCUGGAUGAAACCUUAGCAGAGAGGCUGUGGGGAUUAACAGAGAUGUUCCCGGACACACUGCGUUCAGCAGCCGAAGUAUCGGCACAGUGCUCGCUGUCCGUAGCAAAAAAAGUUUACAGUUUUUCCCGCACUGCACUGUGGAUCGGCGCCACUUCAUUUAUGAUCCUGGUUCUUCCUGUCGUGUUUGAAACAGAGAGAUUACAGCUGGAACAACAACAGCUGCAGCAACAGAGACAGAUCCUAUUGGGGCCAAAUGCUGGAAUAUCUGGUGUAAUACCUGGAAUGGCACCCAUUGCUCCUGCAAAGGUCUGAAGAAUUGUCUCGUACCCCAUCCUUAAGCUGCAGUCCACAGAAGGACCUGGAAUUGAGUCAUCUGAAUGGAUAAAGAGAAUACAUGAGCUGGCUUCAUUCAUAGAAUGUCAUCCAGUGUCUUUUUUUUUUUGUCUUUACAUACAGUACCAGUUAAAAGUUCAGACUACAAAAUGCUUUGCUUAUUCAGAAAGGAGUCUGUUUUGUUUCUUUUUUUAAAUGAGUGUUUUAGCCUUGUGAAAUUACAAGUUUAUCAUCAGAACACUUUACACGAGAGUUUUCAUUCAUAACAAUGAAGAAAAAAACAACUGGAAGCAGUGACAACGUUAUAAAUGAUAGUAGAUUUAUAUUGUACGUUCUUUCAUCAAAGUUUUGACUACUUGCCUUCCAAUAAGAAAAAAAUAGGUCAGAAAUGGAGAAAGACUUAAAUUAUGUAAAGGUAUUGUACAACUCUUCACUCGAUAAGAAUGUUGUAUUCGUUUUAAUAUGUUGCUGUAACAUUUUACAAAACAUCUUCUGUAACACUUUUUCAUCGAAAUCCUUUCUCUCUGCUCCUCCAGAAAGGCUUCAGGAAAUCAUCUGUAUAUUUGACAUGUCUUCAGAAAUUAAACAAAACAGAAAAAGUU